AUGCGCUUUUUUUGUGAAAGGAAACCACUACAGUACGUACUAAUUUUUUCAAAAUUUGUACCAAAGGAAAACAGCAUGCAUAGUACGCCACCAGUGUGUUAUUCUUUCAUUGUGAAAGGCCAGUCAUUGUCAUAUGAUUCUCGAGGAGCCGAUGUUUAUAAACACGGAAACUAUACGGAUGUUUAUGAACACGGAAACAACUAUACAAAUGUUGAGGAACACGUCCUCUACGGAUCGCAUCACUCCUUCUUGCGGCUGUGUUUGACGCGUCGCUUUCGCUUCCAAUCGCGAUGGUUUCGGUUCCGGUUUUUUAGCCAUCAUCCCGGAGCCGAAAUUGGAAUCUACACACGGCCCAAGUACAAAGGACGCAGCGGUUGCAGUGAUCGCGACAGUGCAGUGGAUUUUUUCCAGUGGUUGCAGAGUGGAUUUCUAAAAAAUCUAAAGUCAGUGGAGUACCUGUCCACCGAGAGCGAAGCUUACGGUAUCAAAGAAGAGAGAGCGAGAGACCGCUCAGUCAGUGUGACACGAAGGAGAGAACGUGUCUGUACGAGGGUAGAGGUCGGAAAGACGGAUGAAGCCCGUAAGAUUGACGUUCUAAGAUGGAAAUAA